CCCAGACUCGCAGCCCCAACCACUGAUAAGAGGCUAAAGGGUAUUCCAGCACCACAUGUAUCUUAAGCAUAUGUACAUUGCCGGCUUUUCAGAAUUGCGAGACCCGUAUUUUCUAAGCUCGCUGCAAUGGUGGGAGUAGAGGUGUAAGCAGUGUCGUGGUAACUACACCAUAAGCAUUUUGUAAGGGCGCCAUCAAGAUGGUCGUCCUACUGUAUAACCCAUAUGGCAAGAGAAAGGGGAUAGGAGAAGAAAGAACGCGAGUCAUUCUCCCACUCCUAGCAGUCGUAGCAGAAGUUUUGCGUUACGCAUAAGUGCCGUACUAACAGCACACAUUGAUGGGUGAGUGAAUGGAACAAUACACUUAUUUCGCUCUAGACUUGGGAAGGGCAAGGGUAUACACGAGCAGUGGAUCAUUUGGUGAAGCUUCGAGGAGAAUAGCCUGCGCCGCACGCACUAGGUGUCUGAACUUGCAUCCUGUAACUAACAAUGAGAACCAGGGUACUGAUAUCAUUCGGCCCUGUUCUGCGGAGCAAGUAUCUAGCUGAGUUCCAAAGAUGGAGACCGCAUUAGCAUGACAGUAGCAGCAUCAUGGCGUUUUCUGUACUGGUUCUGGGCUCAGGCUUGCCUACAUCACCUCUCUUCUCUCGCAUGCUUUGAAUUAUAUACUCUUUCUCACUCUUUUCUGCUAUCUCGACUAUAAUCUAUCUCGUAUGGACGCCCCAUGAGCAAAGAUCCUCGAUGGCACCCCAAGACCCAAACGCGCCAACCGAUACUAAUGGCCCUAGUCUUCUGGUUGCUGCCAUUGUCACACUUUCCAUUUCCUCGCUGUCAGUCGCCUUGCGAACUUACGUUCGCGCUGGGAUGACAAGGUCUUUUCAAAUAGAUGACUGGGUGAUGCUAGCUGGUCUAGCUAACUUCACUGUAUCAUGUUCUUUCAUCUUUGCAGGGUUCUCGUACGGCUUGGGUAGGCAUAACCGGUCGCUUUCCCAGCGUGAUGAGAUUGAGGCCUUGAAGUACCAGGCGCUUGCAACUGCGUCUUACGUCUCCAACAUGUGGCUGAUAAAGUUGAGCAUUGGUCUUUUCCUCUUCCGUCUAGCCGAUCAGAGAUAUAAAUGGAUUUUGGGGAUAAGCAUUGUCGUCGUUGGGAUUUGGAGUCUCACUUUAUUUUUCUGGAAUAUCUUCCAAUGCAGCCCUGUUCCAGCGCAGUGGGACUACACGAUACUUGCACGCGACCCCGAAUCUCAUUGUGUUUCGGCAGAUGAGAUCGUAAAUGCUGCCUAUGCGCUCAGCGCGCUGACUAUCUUGUCGGACUGGCUAUACGCAUUACUACCUAUACCUAUGAUAUGGCGGGUGAAGAUGACAACCCAAGCAAAGAUUUCGGUCAUUGCUGUCCUCUCAUUAGGAGUCUUCGCUAGUAUCGCCACUAUCAUACGACUUAAGUUUUUGGCAGAUAUAACAGAUGUGACGGAUAUCCUUCAUGCAGGGACAGAUGCAAUGAUUUGGACACUUGUUGAGCCGGGAAUCGCGAUUUCUGCUGCUAGCCUGGUGACCAUUCGCCCACUUCUUCGCCGAUGGAAGAUAAGAGGUUUCACACAUAGCGAACGUAGUCGUGGGACAGGCGCGCCGAGUCAAGACCAAAAAAGAGUGAGCAAAAUGCCAGGUUUCGGUCCACAAGACGUGACGUUAGUCGAUAUUGAACUUGCACCUACACAUGCCCUGUCGCCCGCCGUGGGAAUACCGACACCGAAAUUCACUGCACAGAAGAUAUCGCAACUACCCAAGGUUCUCGCCCCGGCGCCAGACAGAUACGACUGGGAACACUCAUCAGCUUUCCGUGAUCAAAGUAGCAAAAAGGGAGAAGCGAAGAGCGAGACGUUCAUUAUUGACAGCUUUGAGUCCCCGUCAUCGGUAUCAGACGCCCACAUAACGGGCACAUGGCUCGACCAAGAAUCUGACAGCUCUUCCAUAGAGCUUACCGGACCUGGUAAUGCGAGCCGGUAUCCGCGGUCAUGA